CGAAACUUCCCUCCUGACUUGCCAUCGGCGCUACCUUCGUAUCUCAACAGCCAAGGACUUAACCACCGAUGAAGGUGCACGGAGUACAGAAUAGACUGUGUAUCUCAUCGUCGAUCGAUGGAGUGAGUACGGAGUAGUCUGGGGGGUCGUGGCUGGAGUGGUGUGACAUAGCAUAGUUGCCCGUGAUGCUACUUCGACUCUACCAUCUAAUCCCGCAAUCCGUCCGUCUUCUUCUUUAUCACCUUCUCCUACCAAAUUGGCGGGCACCUUUAUGGUAGUGGGACCUACCAUGUCCGCGAUGUCCAACGGUUACCCUUCAACCUGUAUCUCAAACGGUCCCGGCUUCUUCGUGUCCAGUAUGAAGCACAUGCGCUCAAAAUGGUUGCAAAAUACACAACAGUGAACGCGCCGCAGGUUUUGGAUUUCAUAGAGUUGCCAGCAAAAAAGGAAGGUUGGCUGUUGACUACUCGCAUUGAGGGCGACAUUGCUGGGAAAUGUCUCCAGACAAUGAACACCGACCAACUGCACCAGUUCAGUAUCGAUUUUGGGAAUUACAUUGAGCAGAUUCGGUCCAUCCCAAAUCCCUAUCCUCCCCUUAUCUGCAGCUCACUCGGCAGAGAGUGUCAGGAUUGUCGGAUCAACAAUGAGGACGGCAGCACGGGACCCUAUGACAACAUCACAGAUUUUAACAAGCAUCUGAUGGAUAUGUGUGGUCUAAUUCCAGACCCUACUAACAGAGCUAUGGUCACAGAUGUGCAUUCCCGCUCAUACCGUGUCUUCUUUGCACAUGCAGAUCUCAACCCGGCAAAUGUGUUGAUACACAAUGGGAGAUUAUCUGGGUUUGUGGAUUGGGAGUUUGCAGGUUGGUAUCCUGAGUAUUGGGAUUUUACCAAGGCCUGUUAUAUUGUGCGCGUAUGGACACUUUGGUUGGAGACAAUGAAAAGUGCAUUUCCUGAAUACCCUGAUGAACUGAAAGCUGAACAGAUACUCCGAGAUCAUACCUGUCCCUUCUGACCUGCUUAUUGUAUGGAGUGUUUCUUUGUCUCUAAAGCCCGUGGCGUGCUUAAGCGACCACCAACCUAUGUUUCUUAACAGUUGGUCCACAAGUGGGGAUUUAGACUUUGAAAAUUCAAAGAGUUUCUUGAGCACGUCAUACUCUCUUAUCUUUUGUAGCAACCAUUUCUUUUGUCUGAAUUGCUCAAUUUCAGACCAGAAAGAAGAGCCAGCACGAGGUUUUGUUGCAUUGAAUAAGAGCUUUAGCGCAUGAGGUCAUAGGCAGGUAAAUCUGCAAAUCUGGUUGCGAACUUGUUUGAGAGACAAGAUACGCACAAUAAGAUCAGUAAAAAAUUCGGUCCGAAAUACGCGAUAUUUUCCAACAGGUUUUCACUCUGUAUUUGUAGCUUACUUGUCCGUAAGCUAUAGCAGUAGCGGCUACGCCUUGGGGUAAAAGGUGUACAAAACGAGGCAAAUCCAAGCUAAGUACAUGUACAUGCACAACACUACAUCACAAAGAAAACUCCAAGGCAAUACAUCUAGAAUGAUGCAACAACAAAUUCCUUGCUCUAUCUUAGAUCGAUUUGCAUUUGCAAUUUCAUAUGCUUUGGUCAUCACCUCUGAAACAUCUGGUGCAUUCACAAUGCCUGCAUCAUGUAGCCGUGCCACAGCAUCCAUCGCCCAAGCUCUACAUCUAAACCCCGAAUCCUGCGAAAUCAUACUCGGAUCGCCCAAGAUAUGGUCGAUUUGGGCAUGCCCCUGCGGCAGGGGAACGGUUCCGACUCUCAGUGCCAAUGCUAACAUUUUUGAACGAACAAGAUUGUUGGUAUAUUUGCGCUCGUAAGACCAACCGCCUGUCUUGUUGUUGGCGUGGUGAACGGCAACGCCCUGGCGCAGGUCGUCGCCGGUGACGUAGAUCCCCCAAUGAUACUCCGUCGCGUUGACGGAAAGAGUGACGUAAAUUCCGUUGGGUUCCAUGAUAUCUUGAGAUCGACGUUGGACCAAUCUGUGGAAACCGCCGGUUGAAAAAAGGAUUGAAUUUAGUAGGUCGGAACUAACGACGUGUAUAGGUUAUAGACGAAGAAGACGCCUUGAAGGGAGCUUAUAUGUAGAUUAAGAUAUAACGGUAGCAGUGGAAUAGAAACUAGAGAAUCGAGGUAAGUUGUUUUAGAUUGGAAGACAUUCAGGAAGUAGAACAAAGCGGAGUGAUCUUAUAUAGACAAUCCUAGAGGUGUUUCUAUGGCACGCCGCCGUGAGUCUCACGUAAAGAAGGUGCCUGUGCGCAGACUGGAACAUGUAUUUCCCUGAGAACUAUCGGCGUAUACGGUGUCCAGCGUCCAAUAAAGCAAUAGGAAUCAACGCAUCGC